GUCCAAUGUUCGUGCAUUACAUGUUCGUCUUAUUGUUGUUUGUGUUUACGAUUGAUAAUGUUAAACUAGUCGCUUGGAAACGAACUCCUCUCUGUACCCAUCCUCCAUCCCAACAUCCUUGCGCUCGGGACAUUAUAGCAAAUGGCUUGUACCGCUUCACUGAUAAGUCAUAGAUCACACGCUCUGCGCCUGUUGCCAACUACUAGCGCUGCUUGGCCGCGUACACCUAAUCACUUGCGGGAAAGACCACGUGCUCGGCCCCUGAAUGCCGCGGCUCGCGCCCAAACUGUACCAGUAUGGGAAACGCUGGUAUUGGUUCAUAACGCCACCGACAAGUCCCAAGGCACAGAGGAGCAGCAGGAGGUGGGUGGGGCCUGCGGCGACAACAAGUACUGGAUAAGGUACCUUAUCCCUAUGCCCCUAAGCCCGCCCUGUGCCCCUAGGCCUCAACGAAGUACCCUUCCUUCAUGUGCUCUCGCCACAUUCCAUCAUCCGCACUCCCAUCAGCUUUUGGACACGCUGUGGAGCCUCCAAUACCGUACCCCAGGCGCCUGCUGCGCCAGCGCUGGGCCUGUCGUACAAUCCGCGUCACGUGAUAGGAGCGCCUCCGCUCCACGUGCCGCCGUGUACUACCGCUUCUCCUCGCAAGCCCAGGCGGAACGCUUUGUGGCGGGCCCAGCCUUCUCGGACGCAAAGUCUCGGCUGCUGGGCAGUGGAACCGUGACGCUGGCCUUGUGGAAGGUGCUGGUCCCAAACGACAUGGAAGCUCUGUUCAAGCGCGGUCCUGCCUUCGAGGCCGGGGUAGACCUAUUGCUGUUCUUGGAACCAGCAGCAGCGGCGGAGCAAACAGCAGCUAAGGAAGCGGAGCGGACGGUAGGAGCUGCUGAGGCGGCGACGUCAGAAGCAGCUGGAGCGGGACCAGCAGUAGCAACAGGUCAAGCAGUCGGCCCUGCAGCUCUGCAGCCCGAGAUGCUGGUGGAGUUAGUUGGGCGGUUGCAAGAGCAGGCCCUGGCGGCAGGAAGCGUGCAGGUGUCUUGCGGCGAAGAUGUGACAAGUUUGGAGCCGCGUUUCGUGUGGAUGGCGAGAUUCCCGCAUGAGGAGUCCGCGCAGCAGUUCCUCCGCAGCCCACUUGUGGAGCAACUGGCGACGGCAGAGGGGCGCAGGUACACGGCCCCUGGCCCUGCUGCGGGUGCUGACGGCCAGCAGCAGCUUGAAGUGCAGAGGAAGCAGGGUCCAGCGUUAUUUUUGAGCACUUUCGUGGUGAUAGAGGUGGGCGACGUACAGCAGUCCAAGCAGAGGCUGUGAUGAGGUGACGAGAAAGGUUGUCGUACAUGGGGGUUUGGGUACGAUAUAGUGAUGCACGUUGGUUAUGCAUAUUUGGGCGUCUUCCUACACUUGGGAAGGCUUCACACAGGCGAGCGUCAGGGGGUAAUACUCGAACUGCGCAAGGCACCUAAUGGCACUGUUAGGAUGGGUCCGUGCUCGGUUCCUCAAACCCAAAUGUCUC